CUUUCACAUUCAGUUUAUUUAUGCUAGUGUCCCCAGGCUUGAUCAGGUUGUGUGGGGUCAGAAUUUACUGUCUAUUCAGUGCUGAGACAGCUCCAGGCCAUUCCUUUGACUGUUAUCAAUGGAGUGGCUAUGAACGUGGGAGAACAAACAUCUGCCUGUGUCUCUGAUUUCAUUUUUUAAUGCAUUUUCUCAGAAGUGUGUUGGCUGGAUCACAGGACAUUUAUUUAUCUGGGGUGAUCCUCCACACUGGUUGCAGAAACCAGGUGUGGUGGGUUUCAAGACUCUGCUGAAACAUAACCAUGACACCUGGCCAACUCUCUUGUGUCUUUUAACUCAGGGGUAUAGGUGGGUAGACCAGUUGUACCUUUAACACAUGCUGUAGAACUGCCUUGUGACGUGAUUUUCAUAACCCAUCCUUGACCACCUGCCUCUUCUCCUCUCUCCCACUCAGGAAUCUGCUGAACACCCUGCUGCGUCCUCUCUCUGGCUGAUCUUUGUUGGCAACUUCUGCAAUCAUCAGCAGAAAACCUUCAUUGUGAUUUCCAGUGUUUCUGAAUCAAUCACUCAUCCAGUUUUAAGCUGGCAUCCCAAAGCUAUUGUGUUCCUUCAGCAAAAGUGCAUGAUGCUUUUGAUGAUGAUUAUACAUGCAGCAAACUGAGGACAAAGUUAUCUGUGCUUCAACACAGAAAUAUUACACUCAUGGGUGAGAUCUGUCAUCUUUACUUACAGCUCUACAAUUGGUUAGGGGCCAAAGGCCGAGAAGUGAUCCCCAUGUUUGACUCUAAAACUUGGAACCUUCUUGAAACUGACAAUUGUAAUCUAGGUCAUGAUAUUUUCCCUAAUGAGCAAAGACAGAUGGCCAGACGAUGGUUAUCUGGGAGCAGUGGCUGUCUUUCCACACCCAGGAAGUUCCGCGGGGCUCUCAGGAUGGCCUACUCUCUUCUCAGUACUUUGCAGCCCUGGAUGGUUUUUCUAUAUGGCCACGUAGAAGACAAUUUUAGAAGACACCAAGUUACAUACUCAUUUGGAAGAUCCCAGCCCCUACAAAAGGGGUCCAGCAGACAGGGUGCCUUUUCCUCCUGUAGCCUGGACCCUGGUGAGCUGAAGGAACACCUGUCAAGUCCUCUGCCUGACUCCUAGACCUAGCAGCUAUCAUGGGCACUCCAGAGAAGAAAUGCUUCCUUGAGACUGUGUUUUUCUACCUCCUGGAUACGAGGAGCCUAGAGGACCUGCAGCUCCUGCUGACUGAAGAGGAAUCCUGGAGACAUUUUGUGGCAGGAGUUGGUUUGUCCAGGGAAGAGGAAGAUGCCUUGCGAGAAGCUCUUGCUGAGAUCUUUGAAGAUUCUGAUGGAGAAGAAGAAGACAAACUCCAAAGUGACCCUCAGGACAAGAAAGAGAGAGGCACAGUGAGAUGCCUUGGGGAUGAGAGCUCAUGUUGUGAAUGGGAAUCCCCCACGAAAGAGGAAGAUGCCUUGAGGGAGGCUCUUGGUGGGAAUACAGCUGACUCUGAUACAGAAGAUGAAGACCAACUCCAAAAUGACAAGGAAAGGUUCUUGGAGGCUUAUCCUCAGGUGAGGCUGGAGCUCGAGAAGCACAUCAAGAAGCUCCACGCCCUGGCAGACAAGGUUGACAAGGUGCACAGGGACUGCACCGUCUCACAGGUGGUGGCCAGCUCCAGCAGUGCUGUGUCUGGAGUCCUCACAAUCCUUGGCCUGGCUCUGGCACCUGUGACAGCAGGAGUCAGUCUGGCACUGUCAGCCACUGGCAUGGGGCUGGGAGCAGCAGCGGCUGUGACUAGUGUUUCCACAAGCAUUGUGGAGAAGGUAAGCCUGGCGUCUGCUGAAGCUGAAGCCAGCAAGCUGGUGCCAACCAAAGACACGAUGAACAGGAUGAAAGAAGUUUUGGAGCAGAGUGGCCCCAGACUUGCUUCUUUAUCUACAAAUUCCAUCCAGAACAUACAAGCCAUCCAGAAGAACAUGAAUGCCAUUCAGCUGGCCAAAGCCAACCCUCACCUAGCAACUAAUGCCAAGCGUCUCAUGACCACAGGGAAGACAUCAACCCAAACCACUGGACAGGUGCAGAAAGCCUUUGGAGGUACAGCUCUGGCAAUGACCAAAGAAGCCCGGAUCAUAGGUGCAGCCACUGUAGGUCUUUUCCUCCUGAUGGAUGUGGUCAGGCUUGUGGAAGACUCAAAGCAUUUGCAUGAGGGAGCUAAGUCAGUGUCAGCUGCAGAGCUGCGACGGCAGGCUCGGGACCUGGAGCAGAAGCUGCAGGAGCUCAACCAGGUUCACGACAGCCUGACUCAGUGACCUCUUCUUCUUCAGUGCAGCUCAGAGGACUGGGAGGGAGUGUGCUGGACAGAGCCAUGAACACAUGGGAGCCCCCGACUGUAUUCCUUUUAAGGCAGUUCCUGCUAAAGGGAGAGGGCACACUAAGCUACAGGAAGUCAGAACACAAAUGGGACAGUCUCAUGACCUCCAACCAGACUCCAGCUCUUAGAUCCAUCAGCCUCCCAACUUCCCAACUAAACCAAGCUCCCAUGCUGGGGAGUCCUGACUAAGCCAUAGCAUGGCUGCUCCUGAGUUGUGCCCACCACACUUCUCCCAGCUGAGGUCACCGUCCUCAUUGUCCACUGAGCUGUCAAUCUUCCCACUGCUUUUUGAUUGGUGGCACAGAGACCUCCUCUUUCCUUCUUUUGCCUAAAGUGUGCUUUUCAAAUAUUUCUCAAUCUUACAAUCAGACUCUGACUGUGAACAUCAUUUCCUGUUCUUGGUUGUGGGUCCUGUGGGUGAAAUGCUCAAGACUAGACAGAGAGGAUGCUGGGAAUACCAACUGUCCAGUCAUCACAAGCCCUACAUGUCACCAUGGAUGCUAUGGAAGGAGAGUGACAGGAUAUGACUGGUGAGUUCCUCUCUCUGCUACCAGACUCCUGGGAAAAUCAUAAGCUUUAAUGACUAUUGAUGUUUAAAAUCUGCUGUAAUUGGAAGAGAUCUGCCGAGAUGGACAGGAAAACGGCUACACUUGAUUCAUGAUUUCUGAAGAAUAAAUUUGUGAGCGCUGACCCAGACAUGCUUUGUGUGCUUUGUGCAAGUAAUAUCGUAUUUUCUGGAUUGUUAACUAUAGUCAGUUGAUAAUUCCCUCCCAAUUUUAACAUCUCUUUCAAAAAUCAUCUUCUUUAUUGUGCUUUAAGAGGAACAUUUGAGAUUUCCACGUGGGCCUUUUCCUCCUCCUUGUUGCACUUCUGAUGGCUGAGGCUCCCCUGAGACUGCACUACAGUGCACAGUGUCCCCUGCAUCAUGGCACCUCAGGUGGCCUCCUUCCUGUGUUCUGGCAAAUGGAGACUAAGGAACGAACUGUGAGGUGUCUAGGUCUUGUCCAUUAGAGAAAGACUCUUGUGUUCCACAGUCCGUCUGUCCUCCCUUUGGGCUGGGUAUGUGACUAAGUGAGAGCAUGGUGUGGAGUCAGCCUCUUCUGUGGUGCACAUGCAGGGACAGGAUGGCCUCCUGGAUGAACUGGGGAAGAAAACUCCCUACACCUAGGGCUACCUAGCAGCUUGCACCUCAGUGUCCAAGUUCAUUGAGUCCCCUCUCCUGUUGAACCCAUGCGUGAACACUAGUAAACCCUAGUUCUCCUGGUGGGCCCAUGUGUGAACACUAGUGAACCCUAGUUCUCCUGGUGAGCCCAUGUGUGAACACUAGUGAACCCUAGUUCUCCUGGUGGGCCCAUGUGUGAACACUAGUGAACCCUGUGCCAGCUCUUCAGCAUCUCUCCAGUGACCAACCCAAGAGCUAUCACCAGGCUCUACCCCUUCCUGGACCUUGAACCCCUAUACUCCCUCCAGAACCUCUCGGCCUGGCCCUUUAGGACAUUGUUUUUGUGAAACCCUGUGCCUUUGUCAAUGAACUCUUGAAGGCUCUCAUGUCCUGGAAACUUCUAUACCAUAGCCCUUUGUAUGAAUAACCACUUUAGGUGUCCAGGAAAGAGACCAGGAGAAGCUCAGAGAUGAGGAGAGGCCCCUGAAAGGGACAGAAGGGAUGGGCAGAAAGGGAGGAGAGUGUGGAGGAGCAGCCACUGUGACCAGGUCUGUGACAACGAACACAAGUGACAGGCAACAAAGAUUGUGCCUGCAGCUGCUCCCCUGCACAGGCACUGCAUUCGCUUCAGGCUUUUUGAGGGUGUCCUGACCUGCGUGAGAGACUAGGAGGUCCUCACGAUGAUCUGUGACUCCUCAGCCCGUAAAGGGAAGAAAGAACUGCACACAGCAUGGCAGACGGCUGUCCAUGACACGUGCUUAGUCAAAGCUGUCCAUUAUAUAGGUGGCAAUGUUCCCUUUCCAACGUCCUUUUCACUCUAUGUUUUUAUAUGCACAGUCACUGUGCCUCAAGAUCUGGAUUAGAGGCUUGUGUUGAUCCAGAUGUGUUAUCCCUGAUGUUUUUAUAAAAAAAUAUGGGGGGUAUGUUUUAUACAGGUGUAGUCAGGUAUGGGGGAACGACCUGUGGAGGCAAUCCCUUCCCAUAGAGGGACCUGCCACACAAUGGUAUAGUAUAGAAGGGAGUUUAUUUAAGGCAUUGGGAGAGGAGUCAA